CCGGUACCCACGACAUGCUCAAAAGUCGAGGUCGGCGACGACAACUGGAAACGCCGUGCAAGUGGCGGCCAUGGUGGCAGAGUCACCCGACUAGAUUCGCGAUUCAGAGAGCUGCGCUGCGAUUUCCUCCGGCAACAACCAUGAGUACCAUGAGACUGACGCGACCUAAGAGAGAGGACGGAUCUACAGGGUCCCGGAGCAUGCCUGCCUCGCCGAGGCUUCACUACAAGACGUACCCUGAUCUCGGGAGUCUGAACGACCUGAACCAGCCGUGCUCGCCGGCCAACAGCGUCGGCAGUAUACCUGAGCUGCCGCCGCUGCCUAAAAAGCCAUUCCCGCCGAUGGCCUCAUCGUACGCCCCGUCGAAGCGAGCCGACAGGAAGAAGUUACCGUACGUAGCCGGAUCCUACCCGGUGAUCAACAUCGAAGACUUUGCCGUCGGGAGCCUACCAAAGACUGUCAAGACGAAGAAGGCUCCUACAGGCGUCGUUAAACAAACCAAGACAGCAACAUCAAGGACAGAAUUCGGACACUCUCUUGUGAUCGACUUAAACGCGGCCAUGAACGGCUGCAGGGACCCGCGAUCGGAAAGGCGCUCGUCGUACGAAGAUCGCACGACAACGGGACGAUCAUCUUCAAGACUAACUUCUCCCAGCAUGGCUCACAGUCUCUCCUGGUCGGGAAGUGACUUAAAGAACAAACUGAGACAGUCCAAGUUCAAGACAUCUCUCCUACAGAGUCCCAAUGUUUCGGGAGAAACUUUUGGAUCGUUGAGUCAGACCAGUUCCCCCACAAUCAGCACCAUCUCUCUAGUGGACAGGUGUACCAACAAGAGAAACAAUAGCGAUCCUGAACAGGGGACCACUACAGAAGAGAGCCAGGCGCACAGGAACAAGAACAGGGAGCCAGACGGGCCUCCUCAACAAAUAGAGUCCUCGUCUCAACCUGAAGAUGUAGUGGAGGAACUCGAAGAAAAACAGAACAUCGAGAAAUGCCUGAAGUGGUUGAAAGACGUUGCAAUCGCGAAGGAGCACACGUCGUCAAAAGAAAUGACACCCCCUCCCCAUCUUCUUGGGUGAGAGGACCUUUAAUACAUGCCAAGCUGCAUGUGCACCAGAUGUAUGGACUUUGGAUUUGCGUGAAGAUUUUUUCAAGUCUGGAAAACGUGCUGUCGUCGCUCUCAAAGUCGUUUUUAAGUAUCCAAAGUUCGAGUGAACGUUUGCUCAAACGUCACCCAAUGACGCAUUGAUCUGUGUGCACGGCAAAUACAAACUAAUAUCCGUCCGUGUAAAAAUGGAAAGGACCGGUGAGUUUAUAGAUUAAGAAACAAUGAAUAUGUCAUCGGGUAGGAUUUUUAGCGUGCCGAUACUACAAAAAGGACUGAAGUGGAUUGUGCAUGAGUAAGCUUAGAGUCCACAGGAUGUAGCUCACCACGCACGUAUUCGCCCACUUCCUCUGAACGGUGCAACCAAAGGAGAGAAAGAAUGACAAGGUCCUCUUGAAGAGAUACUCGUGGACUCAUGUACAAAAGGAACACUUGCGAAGUAGGCAUAGUCAGAAUGGCAGGGAUUGAAACCAGUGGUAAAGCUUGGGAAUCAAGCAUGGGUAAACCGUCAACAACUCUUGUUCCUGCAUCCAAAAGUUACUUAG